AGUUCAACGGGAAUUUUUGGUUCGUACACUUGAUCCCUAUGAUUACUAUUCAAUAAAUGUGAUGAUAAUAAAAUGUGGUACCAACGAGCUACAGAAACUUCCUAUUUUUUUAUGACCAGAUGUAUAAUGAAUCGUCCACCUUGAAAAUGUUUUAUUGUCAACUCAUUGGUUCAUGAUCAUCGUCUCGUCAUGAUUUUUCUUUUUGGAAUCCGAGAAGAAGUAGUCUCCCUGUGUCUGGUCGAAGAUCAAGAUGCAGUAUCCUGCUGCGUUGAUCGUGUGCGAUCUCGGGGAGGAUCGCCUCGAGGACCUGCGCGAGGUGCUCAGAGAGGCUCAGUACGCCACUGUCACACACGUCGAUAGCACGGAGAAGGCAGCGGAGCUGGUGCAGCGUAACUUUUACGAUGCGGUAAUCUCAAAGUUGGGACGCGAGCGGCAGCCAGGCUUAAAUGGCAAUGCCUUGUUGCAGACGGUUCAGCGCGCGCACCGCGGCCGCUGUUUCUUCCUCGUCUGGUCACUCAGUGCGCAGAGCGACGCCGCCAUGCGAUGGAACUUGGCUCUCAAUUUGCGGCUUGCCUUGAUAUUGUUUUCUUCUUUCUGUUCUCUGAUGAAGAAAUGCUCAGGUAACUCUACCUCGUCUAGGAGGAUUUGAGUAAUUGUACGUUUUUUUGCACUCUACUUCUCUCUGCUUCAAAGCUUUUUGUUCUACUUCGGAGCGGCGGCUGUUCUUCUUCUUACUCUUCUUCUAAACUUUGGCGCACACAUGGUCAGCUUCGACAUGUCAGCGAUUCGAACUGCCCUAGGACGUGUAGCGAGUGUCCGUCUUUCGUCCAUGGCAGCGACUGGUACUUUUGCAGCAGUUGCUGGUGGUAAUGCUACCUCUUCGUCCUCUGCAAACAACGCUCUCUCGUCACAAGCCGACGACCCUAUGACAGGACCUCCCGAAAGUGCUUCGACGCAGAGCCAACAAGUACAUCAUGUUGAACCAAUGGCAGGGAAAGGGGUCAGCGCUACUCCUAGUAGUAGUAGUACUGCAACCAUCGACACUACUACAUGUAUAGCGGUACCGACAACACCAAAAUCUGGGACUUCGACUUUUCCAACAAUGACAGCACCACUCUACUCGUGUCCCUUCUGCGGCCUAAGGGACUUGACGGAAGAUGGCCUGUGGAGGCAUAUGCCCUUGUACCACAUAAACGCGAGGCCUUCAAUUAUGCUUAAUCCUCGGGUUUGCUCUUUUACAAAUUAUCAUUUUCUACUUGAAAGUCAUGUACGUAGUUUCAGGAAUUUCCCUUAGCAAAAGAGUGAAGAUCACUCACUUCCAUUGAAGUGCGGCAGUGUUGGACAUUCACGACUAGGAUGAGGAUGAGAAAUUGAACCUCAUUAUAUCAGAGUAGUUUAUAGCACGCAUGGUGCAUGGAGGGCAUGGAGCGCAGAGCUUUAAGGGGCGCAAGAAGCUCCCCCUUUAGCUCCAUGCUACUCCAUGUGGUCCAUGCACUCCAUGCCAUGCGAGCAGUGAAACCUUAUAAAUUGCUCUGUUAUAUAAAUUUUUGAAAUGUCGCUUAGAUGCGCGAUCUUUUGUACCUACUGUUCUCUCCGCUUCCGAGCUUAUUAAAAUGAAAUUUUAUUCUGUGAAAAGCAUAAAGCAUUGGUGACAGGCUCUACUGGAAUAUUAAAUUAGUACUGUGAUGUCUGUGAUAUUGAUUGGAGUUUCUGUGAUCAUGGUUGGAGUCUUUGAACUUUUCGCUUUAAAAUUUUGCGUUCUGGUAAAGCAUUGCCCAAUAUGCAGAUUGCCGGAGGUGGAGAACAUGCAGGUGCAUAUCCGAAACGCGCAUGGUCCGUGCAGGCGCGGUGAGGUGCAUUCAGAGUUUUCAGAGCGUCCGCCAAUGCUAAACGCUUUUGCGCUAGUGGUACUUACUUUCAUUUUUAGAGUUCGUUGUACAUAAGAAAAUAGAUCUAGAUCAUAAUGAAAAAUUACAUUUUAUUAUAUCCAAGAUACCAUCUUCCAAAUCCAACUCGUUCAAUAUGUUUUUUUUCGUUCUUUUCCUAGUUAGGUUGGCUCCACCACUACCAUUCAAUAGGUAUGCAUCCAUCGUGGGAAGAUUUUGCUGGUGCAGGAGUUCGCGUCCUCUGGGUUCUGGUUGCCUGGCGGACGUGUGGACGCGGGAGAAGACUUGAAAGCAGCAGCGACGCGAGAGACAUUAGAAGAGGCUGGCGUCGCUGUUGAAAUCACUGGCGUCUUACAGGUUCAAUACCGUGUGCCGCGACCUGGCAGCGUGCGCUUACGCGUGAUCUUCUUUGCGCGACCCAUUCUACCGUCUGACCCCAGACAUACUAGAAGCAGGACCAGCAGUGGCGGCAACUUUGUCGAGCUCUUACCGAUAGAAAGCAUAGGUCUAGGGUCAUCUUCAAGACAGCAUAGCGGAGAGCAGCAGUCUGCGAGUACUGGAGGAGUGACGGAUUAUGUCUGUCCCCCAAAUUCUACACCUGCGGGCAGCAGUACGAUGAAUCUGCAACUAGGAAGGGAUCACCACCAGUUAUUCCACCAAAACGCGACUUCUGCAUUAACAACUACAGCUGGCGAACAAGUAGUUGUACAGCAAGGUGUAGCUGCUACAUCAACGGCCGCCACAGGAGGUGGUACGACACCAACCUCCGCGAGUAGUCAAGAAGUGAUCCCGAAAACACUGCCCGAUUACGAGAGCGCGGGUGCGGUGUGGGUUGCUCUGGACAAAAUGGACUCGCUAGUGUAUCGCGGCAGUGAGCCUCUGUACUGGGCAAAUUAUCUGCGGAAUAAAGGCACAAUCUUUCCUGUCAGUGUGCUGUCUGGGAAAGAAAACUAACAGGCGAAGGCUCUCGUCUUCCUUGCUCUGCUUGUAAUGAGACUUGUACUAGUUUCUCCUCGGAUGUGAACUCUAUUUAUUCAAUUUGCAUUUUUGUGCUUUGACAUUCGCAUUCCUGCUAAGUCCACACGCAUGGCGUAGUCGCCGACUUAUGAUUAUAUCGAGC